UUUUUUUAUUAUUGAAUCUAAAAAUUGUGUGUCUGCUUAAGAUACAAGUGUGCUUGUAAUUUUCUGUUUCAGUGUUGUGUCUAGAUCUAGACCUAGACCUAUUCUUUCUUAAGCUUGGUUCUGUCUUGUAUCUUUAGAUAUGACAUCAGAAAUCGAAGAUGAUCGCCUGACCGUCCCAGAAGGUUGGAAAGAUAAACCGUUUACAAAAGAAGAUAAUCCAAAGGGACUUUUAGCCGAAAGCUCAUUUUCUGUGUUAUUUCCAAAAUAUCGAGAGAGCUACUUGUCUAAAGUUUGGCCAUUGGUUAAAGAAGUACUCAGUGAACAUGGUAUAGAGCCUGAAAUGGAUUUAAUCAAAGGGAGCCUUAGUGUCAAGACUACCCGCAAAACAUAUGACCCCUACAUUAUCAUUAAAGCAAGAGACCUCAUUACAUUAUUGGCUCGCAGUGUUGACCUUGAGCAGGCAAAGAAAAUUCUAGAGGAUGAUGUUGCAUGUGACAUUAUCAAAAUAGGCUCCAUGGUUGCCAAAAAAGAACGAUUUAUCAAGCGCCGUAAGAGGCUCAUAGGCCCAGGUGGUACAACUCUUAAAGCUAUUGAAUGCCUCACAGACUGUUAUGUUGCCAUUCAGGGCAACACGGUUGCUGCAUUAGGGCCACACAAGGGGCUGAAGGAAGUGAGAAAGAUUGUGGAGGAUUGUAUGAAUAAUAUUCAUCCUUUUUUCACAAUACGCACUAUAAUGGAGAAACAUGAUCUUUCUAAAAAUCCAGAGAUGCGCAAUGUAAACUGGGAACCUUACUUACCUCAGUACAAAAGUAAAAACAUUAGUAAACGUAAGCAGCCAUUGAAAAAGAGAUUGAAGAAAGAAUAUACACCCUUCCCACCUCCACAACCCGAGUCUAAAAUUGACAAAGAACUUGCUUCUGGCGAGUAUUUCCUGAAAGAGCAUGAAAGGAAGCAGCGCAAGGCGGAGGCAAAGAGACAACAGCAGAAUAAAUCAAAACAAGAUCGCCAGAACAAGCGUAACAAAUCAUUUAUCGCUCCUGAAGAAACAAAUGAACCACCAAAGAAAAAAGUCAAAACUGAAGCUACAGCUAAAGUUGACUUAAAAAAAUUAAAACAAAAGUUUAAUAAACUUUCAAAGAAAUAAAUAGAUUGUUAAUUGAAA